AUGGUUUCAUGGAAUGUUAGAGGUUUGAAUGACUCCCAGAAACGUCUGGUAGUGAGAAACUUGUUAUGGGAGUGGCAGUGUGAUGUUGUAUGCCUGCAAGAAACAAAGUUUGCCAGUAUAGAUAGACAGCUGGUUUGCAGCAUUUGGGGCUGUCUGUAUGUGGAUUGGGUGGCUCUAGAUGCUAAUCAGACGGCUGGGGUGUAUGGCUUGAACAAUAAUAAUUUGAGGGGUGAUUUGUGGGAUGAGUUGGUUGCUAUUCAGCAUUAUUGGAAUGUUUCAUGGUGUUGUUUUGGGGAUUUUAACGUUGAUCGUUUUCCUAGUGAACGAAGUGGUGGGUCUAGGCUUACUCCGACUAUGGAAAAGUUUUCUGAAUUUAUUGAAGAUUUAAACUUGAUAGAUUUGUUGUUGGAGGAAGGGAGUUUUACAUGGUCUAGUGGGGGUAUGGCGAAGGGGAAAAGCCCCUUCCGGUUUGAGAAUAUGUGGCUGAAAUCGGAUGGGUUUAUGGAUAGUGUAGAUUUAUGGUGGUAUCGCCAUUCUUUUUCGGGUACUCCUAGUUAUGUGUUUACUAAAAAAUUGAAAGUUUUGAAAGAAAAUAUUAUUCAGUGGAAUCGCCAAGAGUUUGGCAAUGUUGGGCGCAGGAAGAAAGAAUUAUUGGGGGCUUUAGAGUUACCAGUAGCUAAGGAAGGGGUUCUUGGACUCACUGAGACGGAGAGAAAUGAGAAGUUUGAAGUGAGAUCACAAGUAGAGCAUCUUCUUUCUCUAAAGGAGAUUUCAUUGAGACAAAAAUCAAGGAUGCUAUGCAUUAAGGAGGGAGAUAAUAAUACGAAGUUCUUCCACAAGAUGGACAAUUAUCAUAGAAGGUAUAACCAUCUAAGUGUCUUAGAAGUGGAUGGGGUGAUUUAUGAGGAUGAAGCGGAAGUUGCUGCUCAAAAUAGUUUCGUGGGAGGUAGGCAGAUCCUCGAUUCAGUUCUUAUUGCCAAUGAGUGUGUUGAUAGCAGAACGAAGAGUAAGAUUGCGGGGGUGAUUUGUAAAUUAGAUAUUGAGAAAUUUUAUGACAAUGUGAAUUGGGAGGCACUUUUGAAGUUGUUUAAGAAAAUGGGCUUUGGGGAGAAAUGGCGUAGCUAG